AAGGCAAGCGGUAGAGUCAGUGAAGAGAACAAGUGAAAAGAUCGAGCCGAGCAAAGUGGUCGUAUUCCCUGAUUCAGCAGUCCGGGGAACUGACACCAGAAACAUGCAGAUCAAGGAAUUUCAUCCAAAAAAUGGAAAAGGUAAAUGGCUAGCUGUUCACAUUCCUGACCAUCUCAGCUAUCCGCGGAAAAAUGUGAAAAUUAUUGCUUCAAAAAAAGUCGCCAAGGAAUUGCAGCAUGUAGUAGGACCGAACAAGGAUACCCUCGCUAAAGAGAUCCAGUCUAUUUUAGGCGUUGAUGACCAAACUUUACAGAGAAUGAUCGCUGAAGGGCAAGAGGAUGACGAGGACAAGAUCGAUGAGGAUGACGACGAUAAUGAUGACGAUAUUGAAGGUGAUGAUGAUGACGACGAAAUGAAUGACGAGGACAGUCCAGUAAAUGAGGAUUAUGAUGAUGAUGAGAAAACGUCUCGAAUGUGUGAUUCGAAAACCUACCGCAACGCAAAAAUCUGUCAAUUGUUUCAAGAAAUUAAGAAAAAGGUUAAAGAUGGCUCUGGAGAUAACAAUGAUAGCCCAAAAAUCCACGUUGAACAACCAGAAGGCUUUGAACUGAGAUGGGAAGAUAUUCUGAACAAUUUUAAGCAUUUUAAUUCGAAAAGAAAAGAACAAAUUUGCAAACUGUUUGGACUACAUAACAGACGAUGUCGCCGAAUGAAAAAUCGAAAGCGUGACUUUAAACGAAAGCUGAAGAAAUACCUUCUUCGGAUGUUAAGAAAAUUCUUAAAAAAUAACAAAAGUGAAUUUGAAGACUAUUUGAGUAAAAAGUUAAAGGAUGCGCUUACUGGAAGACUUAAACCAUCAGACGAUGGUCUUUUGCAUAUUUAUUCAAAGAAUUCGGGGAAAAUGAGCAUGGAAGAUUUCCUAAAAGAUCUAAAUGAUGGUACACCCACUCGACCUGGUAUGAAUUAUCAAUCCUCGUCCCUGUCCUCUCUCGGCCAAGAUUCUCUCGCUCUAGAUGACAAUACAGUUAACGGUAAUGUAUUUCGAGUGACGCCACAAAUUAAUAAACUAGCUGGAGACGAGGGUCAGGAAGCUCCUGAUGCUGUUUCAGCGCUAAAUAAUAUAAUACAUCCUUUGCUUAACGAUCAAGACAACAAAAUGGAUGAGAAACUUCAAACAAAGAUAUUACAAGAGGAGCUUGGCAACGUCAAUGCUGAACAAGAAGAACAAGAACGACAGAAAAUCAGAGAUGCCUCAGUGAACGAUCACUUAAUGUACAUGUAUCAGUUACAGAAUCUGGCCAACCACAGGGCUGGGGUUACGGCACCGAACGGAGUGAUUGGGGGGCAGCCAAUCAGCGUGGUGAGUCCACACCAGGUCUCUUUGAUGCAGUUGAACCUGCCCGAUAAAAACCCGGAUAUACCUUUGCUUGGUUCCGAUUCUUCGAAACCUUCUGAGUCGGAGACAAAAACGAAGAAAAAGGCAUUUCCUCUCAGAAAACCAGUUUUUGAUUUCAGUAAACAAGUCUUCCCCUUUAGCAAACGGCUAUUUCCUCUCAGGAGCUCACCUGUCAGACCAAGGUUGGUUGGAACGUUCAGAAUUAAGUCUCCAGGUCCCUGGAGACCAGUAACAAGGAGCUUUUGGAAACGAGACUUUGGAAUUUACAAUAAACAAAUAUCAAACAAACACUCACAUCGGGUGGAGAGAAAGAGGUCAAAGAAAAAUGUCUUAAAGACUGCUAAGUUUUGAUAGCUAUGUUUCUCAGUCACAAUAUUAAUUUUUUUAUGUUUUAAUCCAACAUCGAUGUUCAUUUUCGAAGAUAAUACUGGAGUUAAUGUAAUAUACUUAUUUAGGGAAACAGACCCAAUUGUUAUACAGUGAUGCACUAAGUUGUUGAGGGAGGGUCUCAAACAAUCGAUACACCCUUUAUGAAAAACUGUUGUUAUCUGCUUGGCUAGAAUAAACAUUUGAGUGCAUGUAAGCGUUUUACGUAAUGAUAGAGGAUUGUUGUAUAGGUCCGCACAAUUUUUUCCACGAAGACAAAAACGAUCGUGCAAAAAGGUAAAUGCAUGAUUGAGUUAAUUAACGGACGCCUACUCUGCUGCAUGUUUAAAACACAGUUGUUAAUUUCUAUUUUUUAUUUUUUAAGAAUGAUAAAUUUAAAUUUUUUUGGCGAAUCAAUUGGACCGUGUACAUGCAGAGACUACAAAGCACAUAUAUUUGUACAC